AUGAGCGAGCCCAGGGAAGUGGGCUACCGGCACAUUUUAAGAUCGGCAUCGGCCACCAGCAAAGUGAACGCCAAGAACCGGAGCCCAACCGUAACAAAGAGUCCCAGCACACCUACCGACAGCCGUGGCGUUAGCGCGGCACGUAUGCGUUCCUUCUCAGGAUCUAGUGUCGCGAGAGCAAACCCUCGGAUCCCACAAAAAGAUGACAGUUCGCGGGAGGAGGUGAGGGCUCUUCGCCUGCUGCUCCGCGAGAGGGAAGAGCAGGUGGAACUACUUCAUGCGCUCUUGAGUGAAAAACAGUUGUUAUUAAAUCAUAACAAAGCGGCCGAGGAGCGCCUCCGGCAAUGUGAUGAGCAACUUGGGACUCUUGCGGCCGUGCUCGGACUUGAAAUGGAGUCGCAGGAAAAGGACAAUUUGCCCCAUACCACGAGGCAGGCGAAAGGGAGUGAACUGGGCACUGUGAAAAAAAUGCCGAGCGUUCGUUGCAUCUUAGACCGUGUUCAACAGCUAGUGUACGACAAAACGCACCUGGAAAGCGAACUUGAUGUGAAACUCCAGGAACUGGAGUGGGCUCAGACAGAGUUAGAAAUGCUGCGUGGAGGCACCCUUUCACAAAAAGUGUCACUGAAGAACGACGCGGGAAAGUGUGGUUCUUUGGCACAAGAGUUGGAAUCACAACUUCGUGUUAACGCUGAACUUGAAAGAACGCUGGCCGAUCUGAAGGAAAAAUAUAUUAUGUCGGAGAGGAUACUGGAGACUUUGGAGAAGGACCACCAUCAGGUAAGUCAGGUGCUACACGGAAAGGAAAAGGAAGUUCUGGAAUUACAACGUAAGGAACGAAGCGUCGCUGCGGAGUCUAGUAAAAGGCGUGAGUACGAAAUCUACCACAUGCAGUGGAAAGAACCGAAUAAUCUCAUCACAACGCAUCACCGCUGUCAUUUUCGUGGAGAUAGCUGGGUAGGCUUGUUACGGGAGAAACCACAGGCAAUGCAGGCUGCUCUUUUGAAGGAUAUCUCGCUGGAACUCCGUGCCCCGUACGGCUUCAUAACCAUUGCAACCAUGGAAUCGGUGUCGGAGCUCGUUGUUUUCGAUGUUAUCAUUCGUCAUCCCGUUUCACUAUCUGAAGAUGAUGUGGAGUUACGGCUUAUUGGAUGCUCCUUCGAUGAGAUGUCACUUCUUCUGAAACAAGCGGAGAAUCCGAAGGAAGGUCAUGACCUUGUCCUCCACCAGUUGAAGCUCCUGCAAGGGACUAUUGUAAGGAAAGAAGAAGAGAUAGCCGCGCUGACAAAGCAAUUACGAACAACUAAAUUGUCCCUCGAGGAGAGACAACGGCAGUACGAUGAAGAGAGUAAGCUGGUUCAUAUGGCGCUAGACGAAACGGAGGAGACUGUUAAGGUAACGUACAGCGAACUGAAGAUGCGUGAGUUGAGGGAAGAAGAGCUGAAACUGCAACUUCAGCAGUGCUCAGAAACAAUUUUAUCGCGGGACCAACGAAUUAUGGAACUUACAGCGCAGCUGCGUGAGCUUAAUAGUACUGUGGCAGAGGAAAGUGAAGAAAAUGCAAGGAUACGCGAUGCUACAUGCUCCAACGGCCCCGGAGACAAACACGAUGGAAGAUCCGCAGAGGGGAGGAAAAAAUGUGUUGAAAAUGAAAGCGAUGGCCUCUGCGAUACUCUAGUGAAGAUACCUUCCGUAAAAAUGCACGUUGUCGAGGCGUCAUGGAAAGGAUUGGAUCCCCUGGCAUCGACUGAGGCAGUUAUGACGCUUGACUCAAGGGCCCAAAGCAUUGUGCGCACUAUUCUUAUCGGUGAGAUGGCGACUGUUGCUCACGUCCUUCCCUUGAAAGUUCUUUCACUUCAGUGCACUUGUUGCUCGUUGCGCGCGGAGGUACAAGUACACAUCAGUUCUCAAGUUGAAGACGCAGACCGUUCAACCGAGGGUCUUGAUAAAUUCCGCCCAAGAACUACCAUCGCUUUCCUGGAGGAGUGGUUCAACAUGCGGGAGCUCAUUGAAAGUCGGGGACGGAGGGUGCAAUCACUCGCAGAUGAGCUCACCAGUUUAAACUUGUCAGUUGCCGCAUUUAAAGAAAGCGGUAAGAAAAAUGAAGAGGUAGAAAAGGCAGCUACGACUGGAACCCCUUCAUGUGCGGGAGAAACCUCGCAGGGUGAUGAAGAGAAAAGGGAAGAAAAAAGGCUGUGUGAAUCACUCGACCAACAACUACGACUGGAGCGUACCCAAGUUCGCACACUACAAGCGGAGAAGCGAGCGAAGGAACUUGCGCUACAACGGGCAAACGAUAAGUUAAACGAAGUUACUGCUGCAUUUGAGGCGUUGCAGUCAAAUUUCGCUGGGAGAGAUCACCGCCCCACUCGUGACGAAGAUGCAAAUGCCUGUCGUCUCGCAGACGUUCAGGCAAAAAGGCGCCACGGGAGGAACCAAAAGGACAACAAUAUGAAGGGCGUGUGUGACGCAGAGUUGGCGGGAGGAAAUGAGUCGUUGAGGGCAGAAAGGGGGGACGUUUGGUCUGCUCUCGCUGACGCUUAUGAGGAGUACGAUACCUUAUACGAAAGGUACGAAAAUGCAAUGAAGCAACUUCAGGACCUGGAGAGCUCGCUCCGGGAAAAACUGUUACUGACGAAGCGGUCUCACGUGUACGAGAAACAAGUCGAGGAGUUGACCCAACAGAAGGAAGCACUCAUAGCAGAGCAGGAGAAGCAACGCGAGAAGGAGGCUCUAUUGCGGGAAACUGUUACUUCACAUCAGCGCGAUAUUGACCGACUACAGAAGGAACUUGAUCGUAAGACAGAGUGGGCAGAGGAGGUUAUGCGUCGUCUUGUAGAAGAGGAGGAUGAAUGCUCCAGAUUGGAAGGAGCUGUCAGAUCCCUUAAGCAACACUCCACGGCGGAGGUAGCGACAAAGGAAAAGGUCGUAUCGAAUGAUUUGAAAACUAAAGACAUCCAGCGGGUGCUUUACACCUUUUGUACCACUACCUUGGGAAUUGACGUACCAGAGCAAGAGCAGUCCGUGGAUGGUGUUCUGGCACUUAUUGCUCGCGCCUACGCGAACAAAGCCAGUGGUGCCAGCAUGCAAGUGGCGUUUGCCGAUAGGGAAGAGGUGUCAACCGCAAUUCAGUCGCUCAAUACAGCAGUGCAACUGCUCCAACAGUCUUUACCAACAGUAAGGCGCAGAGCAUGCUCCGAUGUAAGAAGUAGAGGACGCGCUGCUGUCGAUAACUCACCGCGUAGCUCCCCAACUGGUGUAAGGAAAGUGCCUUCGAGGGGGCGGCCCAUGACAUUCAGUGGUAGGGGUGCAACAACAUCGCCACCAGUGCGGGCACCACAGAUAUCUGGAAGGAGGUUGUUGGGGCAAGCAACGCCAAUGAGGUCAGCACCAACCAACACACCGAAGAGACACAAAACACCACAGCAAGAAAAGGUCAAUACCGUAGGUCCUUGUCAUCCAUUGAUAUCGAGUGCCACGCGCGUCGUGCAACUUGUGCAGCAACUGACCGGAACUCCCGUACAGCCGAAGGUAAAGCCUACCAAAACGGCAACCAAACCACUUUCGAAUACAGCAGGGGAGGAACUUGCUGAAGAGUUUGUACGUUGGAGCCGUGAACAAACAAUUUCUCUUGCGCUGAUUGUUAAGGACUACCUCCACGACGCACUGAGGGCAAUGAGUCAAGUAGCGUUAGCUCAUGAUGCAGUAACCACAACAUAUCAAGGACUACCGGUGGAUCACACGCUCAAUCUGAACACGGCAAAGAGCUGUGUAACACACGCACUGAAAAGCAUCGUGCAGACCAUAUCUUCCCUACUCUCACAUCGGGAAAUAAGUGAGAUUGAGGGAAAAUUCGGAAAAGAUUACCUUUCUAUGACUCCUGCGCCACGUGGCAAGACAACCAAACAAGAGGAUCCGCGCCGUCAGUGUUCUGCUCCCGCCUUGGGUCUCGCCCCGCGUCCCGCUAAUAUAACGUUGUCAUCUGGUGAUCAUUGCCGAAGUGUGUCACGGGAUGUUGACGGGCUUUCGGUGCGCCCGCAACGAGAGGCCCUCUAA